AGCAUCGAAGGCGAGUCCACAUCAGAAGGCGCACCAUCCCACUUUGCUUUCAGAAAUAAAUGUUUUGAAAGUGUAUCCGGCGUUUGCCAGCCAGUUGUAGCCAUCAUGGCGUCAGAUUGUGAUGGACAGCAGGAUCGCCUGGCAACAACGAAUCAGAGUGUGGAGGAGGGUGAUGGAGUGCAGGAUCGCCUAGCAACAGCCAUGAAGGAGGAAGAGGAGGAGAAUGACGUCACGGCCCCAGGUUCCAGUGGGCCCGUCCCUCCUCCACAGGAGGGGGAGGGGUCAGGGACGGGCAGGAAGGCUCCUCUGGUGAAGAUUGACAGGCAGCAGAUCCAAUCGGUGGCCCAGGGGGCUCAGGGGGAAGAGCUAGCCGGGCUGGGCGUGGCCGUGUACGACCAGGACGUGCUGGAGCAGGGCGUCAUGCAACAGGUGGACCAGGCCAUCCAAAGGGCCAAUCAGGAGGCUGCUCGUGCCGAUGCUCAGAAGGAGUACGAGUCGGUGCUGGACGAUGUCAGGUCGUGUGUGACGGAGCUGAGGCACAUCAAUAAGAUCCUGGACCAGCUGGCUCCCCACUCCACCAGCAAGGAUAUCAGCCGGAAGAUGGAGUCCGUACGCAGACAGAAGGAGAACAAGGAGAAGCAGCUAAAGAAGAUGCGUGCCAAGCAGAAGCGUCUACAGGCUAUACUGGGAGGAGAGGACGCAGAGAGACUGGAACAGGCUGCCAUACUGGAGGAGGGGGAGGAAGAGCCCGGUCCUUCCACCCUGGGCAGCAUGCUGAUGCCGUCUCAGGAGACGGAGUUUGAGGAACUUAUCCGCCUGGGUCACAUGACCCCCUUCGGAACCCGCGUGACCCCGCCCACGGAGACGAAGCCACCAACCAGGAAGCUGAUGCUGAGUGAGGGCGGCGGCUUCGAGGAGUUCCUCAGCCAACAGGUGGCCCUCGCUCAGAGCCGCAAGAAGAAGCCCCACCCAUCCACGCCCUCCAAGAGGCAUUGUGGAGGACCCACUCCCUCCAAGAUCAGCACUAAGCCUCCAGGCUCCGCCUCUGAGGACCGUAAGAUGGCCAAACGGAUGCAUCGCUUGCAGAAGGUGGCGUUGCGGGCGCACCCUCGCGCCCGGGAGGAAGCGGCGAUCUCUCGAGGAUUGUUGAGGAAACGCCGCCUGGAGAGGGACGAAGAGGACAGCGAGGCCGGCUCGGAUAGAGAGAUCAGAGACCCUCACAGGAAGGAGUGGAGCGGAGAGGAGGAAGAUGAAGAGGAGGAGGAGUGGAAAGCAGGAAGUGAUGAAGAGGAGGAGUAUGAACUGAAGCCGUAUACUAAGAAGAAAGGAGGGAGAGGAGGAGGAGGUGGAGGAGAGAAGAAGAGAAGGAGAGAUGAAGAGGAGGAUGAAGAGUACUGUCCCAGCGAGUCUGAUGAAGAGGAGCAUUCUGGGAAGAAAACCAAAGACAAGAGACACAGAGACGACGGAGACAUGAAGUACUACACACAGAGGAUCAGGCGCUGGAAGCGAGAGCGAUUGCUGGAGAGAGAGAAGAGGAGAGAGGGAGGAGAGGAGGAUUCGGAGGAGGAGAGCGAUGAAGAGUUUGAUGAAGGCUUUAAAGUACCAGGCAGCCUCUGGAAGAAGCUAUUCAAGUAUCAGCAGACGGGUGUGCGGUGGCUGUGGGAGCUGCACUGCCAGCAGGCGGGGGGCAUCCUGGGAGAUGAGAUGGGGCUGGGGAAGACCAUCCAGGUCAUCGCCUUUCUAGCAGCACUCAGCUACAGCAAGAUCAGGACCAGAGGGUCUGGAUACAGGUUUGCAGGUCUGGGCCCUACUGUGAUAGUGUGCCCGGCUACGGUGAUGCACCAAUGGGUGAAGGAGUUCCAUACCUGGUGGCCAGCGUUCAGGGUUGCAGUACUGCACGAGACAGGAUCCUACGCCAGCAAGAAGGAGCGUCUGAUCCCUGAGCUAGCGCGUAGCGGCGGUGUGCUAGUGACGUCCUACAGUGCCAUUCGUCUCCACCAGGAGUCGCUGCAGAGGCACGAUUGGCACUACGUCAUCCUGGAUGAGGGACACAAGAUUCGCAACCCCAACGCACGCGUCACCGUGGCCUGCAAACAGUUCCGUACUCCGCACCGCUUGAUCCUGUCGGGUUCCCCGAUGCAGAACAACCUGAAGGAGCUCUGGUCUCUCUUCGACUUCGUCUUCCCGGGCAAACUGGGCACGCUCCAGACCUUCAUGGAACAGUUCUCCGUACCAAUCACAAUGGGCGGAUAUGCCAACGCAACACCUGUGCAGGUGCAGACAGCGUAUAAGUGUGCGUGUGUGUUGCGCGACUCCAUCAACCCGUAUCUGCUGCGGCGCAUGAAAGCGGAUGUGAAAGCCAACCUAGCACUGCCGGAUAAGAACGAACAGGUGUUGUUCUGUAAGCUGACAGAGGACCAGCGGCAAGUGUAUCAGGGCUUCCUGGACUCCAAACAGGUCUACCAGAUACUCAACGGAGAGAUGCAGGUGUUCGCUGGCUUGAUAGCUCUUCGUAAGAUCUGUAACCACCCUGACCUGUUUACUGGCGGGCCUGCUCCGCUAGGGGGCGCUGUAGAGGAGCAGACUGAAGAGGAGCGUUUUGGCCACUGGGGGCGCUCUGGCAAGCUGCGGGUGGUGGAGUCCCUACUGCGCAUCUGGCACAAGCAGGGGCACAGAGCACUACUGUUCACACAGUCACGACAGAUGUUGGACAUUCUGGAGAUGUUUGUGCGAGAGAUGGGCUACACUUUCCUCAAGAUGGACGGAACGACCACAGUGGCAUCCAGACAACCCCUAAUAAACAAGUACAACGAGGAUAAGUCUAUCUUCGUGUUCCUGUUGACCACUAGAGUGGGGGGGUUGGGAGUCAACCUGACGGGGGCCAACCGAGUCAUCAUAUACGACCCCGACUGGAACCCCAGCACAGACACACAGGCUCGUGAGCGUGCGUGGCGUAUUGGACAGAAGCAGCAGGUGACGGUUUACAGACUGCUGACCGCCGGAACCAUCGAGGAGAAGAUAUACCACAGGCAGAUCUUUAAGCAGUUUCUGACCAAUCGCGUGCUGAAGGACCCUAAGCAGAGACGCUUCUUCAAGAGCAAUGACAUCUACGAACUCUUCACUCUCAGCAGUCCAGAUGGGGGAGAGGGGACAGAGACCAGUGCUAUAUUCGCAGGCACCAAUUCGGAAGUCCAGGCCCCCAAGAAGACCAAAGCUCCUGCGAUCUUCCCUGUGAAACCCCGUCCUUCCUCCUCCUCUCGUCCCCCCUCCUCCUCUCGCCCUCUCCCCUCCUCUCGUCCUCCUUCCUCCUCCGCUUUCUGUGUCCAAGACGACGACAAUGCCCCCCCUCCCCCCACCCGCCCCACACAAGCGGACCACAACGGAACCACCUCAAAAACACACACUCCGACUCACGCAGACGUGGACGCACACGCUCACGCAUCUCCCGACGCGACAGCGGACCAGAACUCAGGCCCCGGUGCCAGGAACGGAACGCCACGCACGCCUCCCAACGGCCUUCCGGAACCGAGCCACAUUCCAAACAGCACGGGGAAGGAAUCGGAACAUACACACACACCCUCACACACACACUCGAAUACACAGAAGCAUCGGGAGAAGAGAAAGCACUGUGACCAAGAGGAAGAGGAGGAAAGAAGUAAACACAAACACAAACAAAAACAUGGUGACGACGGCAGUAAACACAAACACAAACACAAACACAGCGAGCAGGACGGUAAACACAAACACAAACACAAACACGGCGAGGAGAGCAGUGGUAAACACAAACAGAAGGGUAAGGACGGUAGGCGGCGGCGUCGAGAGGAAGUGCGUCUGGACGGCGAGCGCGUCUCCUACCUGGUGAGGAAGAGCGUGUUCAAGAACAGGGAGGAAGAGGAAGAGGAGCAGACGCCGGACAGGAGGAAGAGCGACGACUACGUGCUGGAGAAGCUCUUCAAGAAAUCAGGUAUCCACAGCGUUAUGAAGCAUGAUGCGAUCAUGGAGGCUUCUAACCCCGACUACGUGCUGGUGGAGGCUGAAGCUGACCGGGUGGCCAAAGACGCUCUCCGCGCCCUCAAAGUCUCAAGACAACGCAUGAGGAUGCCAUAUAACACACCACCCCCACCACCAAACAAGAAGCGCUUUGGUCAGAAGAAGAACUCUCUGCUGUCUCAGCCACAGACACACACUCCAGAGAAACCAGAGAAGUGCAAGGACGCGGCCAUCAUCAAGAAGACCGUCGGCAUCGUCAAGCGCCCGUCGUCGUCGGGGGCGGGUCACUUCAGCGGCGAGGCAGCCAAUGGCGACGCGGCGGCCGAACAGGAAGCCCUGUCCUCCUCCUCGCUGCUGCAGCGAAUGAAAGAGCGCAACCACAUCAGCAAGCCCCACCUGCUGGAAGCGGAUCGCUCCGACGACGAGGAUCAAGAGGAAGGGGCGGGAUCUGCGGCGGCGCGAUCUGACCAACCGCGCGUCCCGACGGAGCACGACGAGCUGCUGUCGGAGCUGUUGGCGUUCGUGGCGUUCGGGGCGGCGGUGGACGGGCAGGCGGGCACCCAGGAGCUGCUGGAGCGCUUCACGCCCUCGCUGACGGAGACGCACACGCCCGUCUUCAGGACGCUGCUCAGGCAGAUAUGCUCCUUCAGCAGGGAGGGCGGGGGAGGAGGGAUUUGGAGACUCAAACCGCAGUACCGCUGAUGGACAGAUGCACACACAUACACACGUGCAUUCACACACACACACACACACACACACACACACACACACACACACACACACACACACACACACACACAUACAUAUACACACGCUGAUGGACAGACACACACACACAUGCAGAUAUAC